AUGCACCGCUCUGUGGCUCAAGCGCUGGCCAAUGCUGGAAUCGAACAGCAUAAGCUAGCCAGACCAGACAGCGAUAUAGCAAGGCGGGCAUUUUUACAUUUAUGCCACCUGUACAACCUGCCGGUACGGCCGCCCUCCGAUACGGAGGGGUCGCGGCAUCCGAACGCGUCGAGUGUUCAUGACUUUGUGAUGCCUCAAUUCCCGGCGCUAUUUGCCGCAAUUCGGUCUUACAUGUUGGAUUCUGGGUAUCCGGACUUUCGUAUGGAAGAUUUGAUCUCUCCGCAGGGCGAGCGGCUUCUUGAUCAGCUUGAGCAUCUUGCUAGGUUUGCCGAGUUUAGGCAGGCUCUAAAGGCCAACAUGCCUGACAAGUUCAAAGAAGCCUACAGACUUCUGGAUCAUUACAAUUCGCAGAAAAAAGAUUUAGAAGCUGAGCAGGAUAGACUGUUUACGUUGCAACGAACCAUGGACCAUUUGAAGCCCGAAUACGACGCGAAAAUCGCCCAGCACAGCGCGAAGCAAAAAGAACUUGAAAAAGCUACCAAUUUUUUAGCAGAGCAGACGGAAAAGCUUGCUAUUGACCGUGAAAAAGUGGAUGCUACAGAAAGACUACUCGAUGGUGAUGAACAAGUGGUGAAUAUCGACUACGACAUGUAUAGCCAACUUCUCUACGUUACCAAAGAUUUGGGCAGAUCUUUGGAAGAUCAGCUACAGAGAAUGCGUCAUGAGCUGGAUAAAACGCGCUCGGAGCGUCGAUCUGCUGAACACGACCUAGAAGCGCUCCAAAUCACGUCGCACUUGUUGGAUGAGCUGGACGAGAAGCUGCCGCAAUUGAGCGAGCUUGCCCGGGAAGCUGCAGCCGCCAAAAGCGCCUUUGAAGAGGCGAGCGCCGAGGACCAGCAGCAGACUGUGCGCAUCAACAAACUAGAAAAGGAAAUCGCUGAGGCAACUCAGGCAAACGAAGAGCUAGCAGCGGCGAUUGCAGAGGCAGAAAAAGAAGAACAGCGCGUUGGCGAGGAACAACAAGAGCUUCUGCAAAAGAGAGCUGAUCACGAGCGUGCGUUUGAAAUUGCCGAACAAGAAACCGAUGCCAAGAUCAAAGAGCUAGAAGCGUUGAUUCAGCAACACGAAACUGAAAAGGCCAAGAUCGAAGCGGAGACACAGCACCUCAUUGAACUGAGGUUGACUCUAGAACCCCAACUAAUUGCUCGCGAACAGGAACUGGACAAAGCUACGCAGGAAAUGCUGGCGUUGUUGGUAAAACUAGGCGAAACGUAUCGUCCAAGCUCGCAAUAG